UAGACACGCCCACCCGUCUCCAACAUCAACAAUAGACAACGUGCAAAACAAAAUCUCAGACCACAAACGACAUGAAAAUACAAAGAUAAAAAUGUAUUAACUCAGUAAUUAACUCGACAAAGCUUUUAUUAUUCAACUCCAAAGAAUGGAUACGGAAGGAAAGGUUCCCAGCACGAGGAGAAGAGAUCUCCCUCCCAUUCCUCAGGGACAGAGGCGGGGACUACGAGCACUGCCAUCUAUGCCAAGUCAGGACAUAGCAGAGGAGAUUCCUGCUCCAAAGAGUAGGAAAAAGAAGGCCAAGAGGGAUGUGGAGAGUGUGGAUGAACCUGAUGAUGGUGGAAUGGAAAUGGGAGGGCUUACUAGUCGCAGACAGUCUGAGUGUCAGGAACCUUUGACCCCAGAACCUGUGGACAAUCUGCCACAAAGGAGGAAAAAGAAGAAGAAAGCACAAGCAAUUGAUGUGGAGGGAGAUCAGACAGACCUGGUGUCAAAUGGAGAUAUGGUGGAUCAGAAUGUAGAAGAAGAGGUGACGCGCAAACCAAAAAAGAGGAAAGUGAAACCUAAAGUAACAGAAACACAGUCCAACAACGAAUUGGACAUAGAGGAUGAUGAUAUCAUCACAGACCCCCAGGUGCCUGUCCCCCAGCAUUCCUUGUUCUCCGCUCCCCAAGGGCAGAGCCAGUCUGUGGGGAAGGUUUUUGUGGAGAGGAGCCGCCGUUUUCAAGCAGCUGAGCGAGUGGACCAGUGGAAGGCCAGUGGCCAGAUGGAGCAGAGCUUUAUGGACAGCCGCUCAGUGUGGACCACUAGAGAUGUCUCCUUGAGACUGCACAGCGGCUUCAGGGUGAUUGGCCUGUUUUCUCAUGGCUUCCUGGCUGGUUAUGCUGUGUGGAAUAUCAUUGUGGUCUAUGUCUUGGCUGGGGAACAGAUGAGCACUCUUUCCAACCUACUCCAGCAGUAUAAUACCCUGGCCUACCCCGCACAGUCCCUGCUCUACCUGCUGCUGGCCCUCAGCACCGUCUCUGCCUUCGACAGGUUGAAUCUUGCCAAAACAGCUACGGCGAUGAAGAGUUUACUGACCCUCAGUCCUGUGGCGCUUGCUUCCUUCUUGUACUUUUCUGCGCUUGUUUUAUCAUUAAGCCAGCAGAUGACGAGUGAUCGUAUCAAUCUCUAUAAUCAGUACUCCAGCUAUAAUGUGACACUCUGGCAGUCGGGCUCAGAGCGCAGCAUCCUUUACCCCUGGAUCAUAGUAAACCUGGUGGUCACUUUGCUGGUCGGGCUGGCUUGGGUUCUGAUGUCAAUAAGUCCACAUGUCGACCACACAGAAGAGUUUUUAAUGUCAAUGGAAAUGGAAUGUCCAAAAGCAGAAGAGAAGGGAAACAUCACUGCAUAAGGCACCUGAAGGCAUUUUUUCUACUAUAUUUUGAUACAUGGUUGAUUUUUCAUUGUAUAUAUUAGAAAUGUCAAACAUUUGCCUAUUGUAAGGUCUCAGCAAUAAAAUUUUUAAAUAAGCCA